UGCACGUCUGAGUCAAUCCUGCAGCCUCGCCCUGCAGCUGUCGCCGAGUUGUCCCGCAAGCAAUAGCCUACGCAGCACAGCUCCCUUGCGACGCCCCGUUUAAUGACUGCUCCAUCGCCGCCCAGGCGACUGCGUAAAACCUGGCCUUUGUUUUGAUCAUGAACUUGAAGGUUGAACCGCAAAAGCUUUCAUUCAAGAAAUCAAGCAAUCAUGGCUUCGCUCCUUCACAUACCGCGCGAGUGGGCCGACGACGAGAGCGAAGAUGAAUUUUUCUCUGAAUCAGACGUGGAACAAUUCUCUGACCUUGACGACGAUCAGGCUGAUAAGUACUACUUUAUCAGUAAAAGCCAUCUCCGCUCAGUCCAGACAAUGAAGAUCGCGCUUUCAUCGGCUGAUUUAACAUUUAUGGAAAUGGAUGCGGCGCUCGACCAGGCAUUGAUGGGUUACAAUUACAGUCGUGUUUUCGGUAUCUUACACGAACACUUCGAAUCGGUCGCAGCUAUGCAGCUCCGCGCUCGUACCCGCGACGAUUAUCAGGCAUUUCACUGUGCAGCAGGGUCCAUCUUGCGGGGGAACAAGCCAACUCAGUUGGCAUUGCUUGAUCGGCUGUGCCGUGACUCAGAAGUUAACCUCACGAAUCCCGAAGUAGCAUCCCUCCUGCAGGCGAUGAUCGACGAGCAACGUGAGCAGAAUAAUCUCUCGCAUUACCUCGAAGCCAAAGAGCAAUUCAAUAAAGAUCUGAUCGCGCGCGGCAUGAAUGAUAUUGUGGAGUCGGCGAAGUCGACGAUUGAUGGCGGCCCACUGGGCAAGAAAUGUCGGACGAUGUUGAAAUACCAGAAUCACGCCUUUGAGGGUUUAGGAACUACUUUUGAGGAGUCCGAGAUGGCAGCAGCCAAGAGCCUCUGCGAGCAUGUGGAAGAAGCUGCACGAUUCCUUGGUAGAAUUCGAUAGUCGUUUCUAUUUUCUAAACAUGUGCAUAUUGAAGUUUCUUCAGGAUUCCAUUAAAGAAGUGAGAAGAUGUGGUACAUGAAAACAGGUG